CUACUGUGUCGGGGUAAGGAGUAAAUAGUCAAGAAGCCUAAUGUGGUUAAAGGAUGAGCUUUCUAAAACUAGUCUUUCUUAAUAAGGAUAUUUUCAGUGAGUCAGGGAAAAGUGUUGUGGCAUGCAGAGCUCCCUGUAUAAACUCUCUGGUGUCAGACUUCGGGAAUCUUUGAUUUCAAAACGUUCAGCCCAAGGUUUUUCACUGUGCCUCAGCAAUGCAAGAGAGGUCAUGUCUAACCUGCCAGAAGCCUUUUAUUUUACAGAGAGAUGCCAUCUCAGCACCCGCAGGAGGAGGAAUGCUGCUUGUAAGGGAAGAAAAAAUAAAUGAACCAAGCCACAGUUAUUUUGAAGCAGUUGAGCUCCUUGGGAGCAGUGGAAGAAUUAAACCAGUGUAUAUGUAUCAGGAACAGGAGGGCAAAAUCCCCAGCACCUCAUCAGAACCACCUCAGCCUUUGCUUUGGAUGGCUUUUAUUGCCUGUAGUUUUAAUUAGUGCUCAUAAGUUGAUUAUAUUCCUUGCUGGGAAGCCUGCACCUGGUAGUUUCAGCUUUCAAAAAUGUUUUGGGUAAAUGUGUGGUUGCAUGAUGCUUUAGGGUUCACUGAAGGCUGUGAAAGCUCAGUGUGACUCAGACCAAGAGGUAGUGGAAACUCUAGUGUGUAGCUUGUGUGGGGAGGGCAUGUUCAGCAAUUCCCAGUGUUCAUGGUGGGUGGGUGGGCUGCUCUCUGUUCCAAGAGACCAGAGUCCAUUGGGAGUCUCUGUGGAGCCUGGCAGUUCCCUCCGUGGCUGCUGGUCCUGGGUGGGUGCCCACAGAUGUGUGUUGGCUCAGGGAUCUGCCUGCAGACAGAGACCCUAGAUAAGGGCUCAUCCUGGUGAGUCCCAGAGGGGGAAUCAGAAGAAACAGGCUCUGGCUCCUGGGCAUAGUUCAGCUGUGGACGUGCCAGGGGCAGCGUCUUGUCAAUGAUUCCUUUGUUGGAGUGGCGGGUGGCUUGGAGCUGCUCGUGAUGGUCAUGUGUUGCACUGGCCAGGAUGCAGGAAAAUACCCUGCCAGGGAAAAAUCAUUGUCUGGGUCACACUAAACCAGUCUUAGCAGCUUAUAGAAACAGACCUCCUGUGCUCUUUUUCCUCUUGCCUCGUGUGGGUCCGGGGCAUCACCUGGUAGGCAUCACUGCGUCCAGGUGUCAGGUGGCUCUGGCAUACCUGGUGCUGUAUCAGAUAACUGCUGCCGGUACCUCCAGUGCCAGGUGGGAAGGAGCAGGAUCUCCCCAUGACUGGAUCACCAGCUGUGCUUCGACCAGGACACCGGGAUCCCAGCCUCAGAUGUGCACCAAGUGACACAGAAUCUUUGAUCCCCGACUGAGUCAUCGCCGACUUGAUUCAAGAUGCCACCGGCCAUCGGAGGCCCUGUAGGAUACACGCCUCCUGAAGGAGGAUGGGGUUGGGCUGUGGUCAUCGGAGCCUUCAUCUCCAUUGGCUUUUCCUAUGCCUUCCCUAAAUCUAUCACAGUGUUCUUCAAAGAGAUUGAGGUCAUCUUCAAUGCGUCCAGCAGCAAAGUCUCCUGGAUCUCCUCCAUCAUGCUGGCUGUUAUGUAUGCAGGAGGUCCCAUCAGCAGCAUCCUGGUGAACAAGUAUGGCAGCCGGCCCAUCAUGAUCGCAGGCGGCUGCCUCUCCGGCUGUGGGCUGAUCGCGGCCUCCUUCUGCAACACAGUGGAGGAGCUCUACUUCUGCGUUGGGGUCAUUGGGGGCCUUGGACUUGCCUUCAACCUGAACCCUGCCUUAACCAUGAUCGGCAAGUACUUCUUUAAGAAGCGUCCACUGGCCAAUGGGCUGGCAAUGGCAGGCAGCCCCGUCUUCCUGUCUACCCUGGCACCUGUCAACCAGCUCUUCUUUGGCAUAUUUGGCUGGCGUGGCAGCUUCCUCAUCCUGGGUGGCCUCCUGCUGAACUGCUGCGUGGCUGGAUCCCUGAUGCGGCCCAUAGGUCCUAAGCCAGACCAGCUGAAGAAAGAGGUCAGUAAGGAAGUGCAGCAGGAGGCUGGGAAGGCACGGAAAAAGGAUGAUGGUGACACCAGCACAGACCUGAUUGAUGGAAAGGCAAAGAAAGAGAAGACCUCGUUAUUCCAGACUAUCAACAAAUUCUUGGACCUGUCUCUAUUCACACACAGGGGCUUUCUGCUCUAUCUGUCAGGCAAUGUGAUAAUGUUCUUUGGCUUGUUCGCUCCCUUGGUCUUCCUCAGCAAUUAUGCAAAGAGCAAGAAGAUUGCUAGUGACUCUGCAGCCUUCCUGCUCUCCAUACUGGCCUUUGUGGACAUGGUGGCCAGACCUUCCAUGGGACUGGUAGCAAACACCAAGUGGAUCAGACCCCGCAUCCAGUAUUUCUUUGCCAUCUCUAUUAUUUACAAUGGGGUUUGCCACCUCUUGGCCCCCAUGUCCACCAGCUAUGCUGGCUUCUGCAUUUAUGCUGGCUUCUUUGGCUUUGCCUUUGGCUGGCUGAGCUCAAUCCUGUUCGAGACCCUGAUGGACCUGGUGGGAGCUCAGCGAUUCUCCAGUGCUGUUGGCCUAGUGACCAUCGUGGAGUGCUGCCCUGUGCUUCUGGGACCCCCUAUGCUAGGGAAGCUCAAUGACAUGUAUGGUGACUACAAGUACACGUACUGGGCCUGCGGGGUUGUCCUGAUCGUCUCUGGGAUCUACCUCUUCAUUGGGAUGGGCAUCAACUAUCGCCUGGUGGCAAAGGAGCAGAAGGCGGAGGAGAAAGCGAAGAAUGAAGGGAAGGAGGAAGAGACCAAUGUUGAUGAGGCUGAGAAGCAGAAAGAGGCAAAAAAUGAUGUGGCCCCCUCACCUCAGAAGAAUGUGGAGGAUGGUGUCAAAGAGGAGGAGAGCCGCAUGUGAGGGACCGGUCUUAAUCCCGGAGUGUCGGGGAAGCGCUGCUGCCCUGGUGCGGCGGCUGGGGCAGAGCUCCGCUGGCGCUGGGUGGCUGUAAGAAGUGUUUAAACCGGGUGUUCAUUUUUAAACAGGCUCUGAAUUGUCUUUCCAUCUGUGUUAAACAAAGGUAACAGGACUACACAUUCAGUAUCCUCGUGUGUCCAGGGGCAGGGGGGCUUUUAUAGUCUGGCUUUUUAACAGUAACAUGAAUGUACUAAUAUGUGCCUUACAGUCUCCAUAUCUAGCUGAAUCUGAACAAGCCUUAACUCUAAACUGUGCUUUAGCUCUGUAUUCUGCUUGGGGUUUGAGGGUGGGGGGAUAUGUGUGUGUUUUGGGGAGUUUGUUGUUAGAAAGCCAUAAAAAGCAGGAUACUGGAUUUGUUGAAGCACGAUGGGCUUCAGGGCCGGCCCUGGAUGAAUACUGCUUCGAAUGCUUCUUACUGCAGGCCCUCUGCGGGGGAGAUGCGGGCAUGGGGCGAGGUGCUCCUCAAACCCCGUGCUGAGUGCCUCCUGGCUCUCUAGGUGGUCUUUUAGGUAUGUUUUGAAAACACUUUAGCUACUGUAGUUCUUUAAAAUCUCUGUUUUUGUAGCUGUUCUCUCAUGGGAUAUUCAGGUUGAAGAAAGAUGGCUGCAGUUCUUGUUGGGCAGCAUCACCCACUCCAGGGCUGGGGCAGCCCUGCUUGCACAAGCCUUCUUUGGGGAGUGUUGUGGUCCCCCCUGCCUGCCCACUCUGCCUCAAUAGUGCCUCUUCUCAGCCCAGUGCUGGGGGAUGUGAAAUGGGCUCAGGUUGUGGUGCUGGCAUUCACGCUUCUGUUGGCUGUGCUGCCCCAUCCUGCCCGUGGGGUGGGUUUCCACCAGAGCAUCCCAUCCAGCCAAGUGUUUUGGGUGCCUGACCUUGGGCAGAGUGAUGAGGUGGGUGGAGAUGGUACAUCCCUGAGACUUUUUCUGCUUUUGCUCUUUUAUCUGUUAGAGAAACCUCUUUUACUUGCUUCUGUUCAACUGAGAUCUUAAGGCAAUGGAUGCUGAACCUCUCACAUCUAGGACACGUAAGGGGGAGGAAAGAAUUUGUACGUAUUUAUUUUUUAUUUUUUAGUGUUGGAAAAUAUCUCAACGUACGUGGAGCAGGUUAAUGGCUCUCAAGUUCUAGUAAAUGUUGAUCAGAAUUCAUGUUAAGAGGCUGAGUUUUUUCAAAUAAACUUGUUUUUUUUACAAUUUA